GAUGUUCUUGUAUUUUUUUUUUGGUAGACUGUUAUUGAAACAUUGAAAAUGCAUGACGUGUUGUUGGAAGAGGAGCACAUUAAGUUCAGGCGUGUCUGUUGCGUGGGCUCAACAUUAACAAUGUGCGCACUUUAAGCUUCACACCUGUAUGAUUCGUCACUUUCACAUUUCUAAUCGCUUUUAUUUUACGGCUGGCUGUCAUGUCGCGCUGACGAGCCACUGUCGGUUUCGAUAGCAGAUAAAGAGCAUGUGAAGUGAGCUGUUCGGACUCAGACAUGGAGGCACCUGAAGCACACUCGGAGACCAGAAACACAGAGGGCUGUUUUCACAGGACCUUCUCAGCUCUAACUGUGGAUGAUGUGUAUGAAAUAGCUAAACUGAUCGGCACCGAGGUGGAGAAACUUAUCGAUGGCUGUGGCAAAGAGAGCGUCGUGGGUCUGGUGCCAAAAAUAGUGAAAGUAUUGGAGCUGCUGGAGAGCUUCGCGUCGAGGAACCAUGCUCACAAACUAAAGGAAGAGGAACUGCUCAAGACCUUCGAGACGAUACAGCUGCAACAGCAGAAGAAACGCGUGGGGAAAGAAAGCGACGAGGGCAACGAUAAAAAUGAAAUACGGCAGGAGCUGCAGCAGAAGGAGCAGCAGUGGAGGAGGAGGUGUGAGGAGCUGCAGGCACACGUACAGCAGCUCCAGGAGGACAGGGAGGAGCUGCAGAGCAGGCUGAAGGGCAGCCAUGCACAGGAAGACCGUGUCCAGCGGCAGGAGCGAGAGGUGAUGCUGAAGCUGAAGGAGGUGGUGGACAAGCAGAGAGAUGAGCUGAGGGCUAAAGUCCAGGAGAUAACCACCAUUUCCAAAGAGGCAGAGGCGCUCCAGGAGCAGUUGGAGCGCUUUAUGAAGAUGAAUGCGGAGCUGCGACACAAGCAGAACGUGCUGCAGGCCCAGCUGAAGAGCACCGUGGAGAGGAAGGCCGACAUGGAGGCCGACCUGAAGGAGAAAAGCAAAGAGAUAGAAAACCUCCAAACACAGCUGGACAAAACCAACAGCAACGGACCUCUCAGUCCAAGUCAAACAGCUUGUGAGUCCAAGAAAAAGGGGACAGUUGACCAGAAGGACCCUGAUCAGCCGUGCUUCACCAAGAAGGAGGUGCGGGACAUCAUUUUCGAGAGGAACGAGCUCAAAACCAACCUCUUCCUGGUGCAGGAGGAGCUCAGCUACUAUCAGAGGGAGAUCCUGAAUGAGGAGAGGUGUCCAGGUUUCUUAUUAGAAGCUGUCCGCUCUGCCAUCAAAAAAAAGAGAAAGCUUAUCAAGGCAAAGAUGCUCGGGAUUCCAGCAAACGAAUGCAGCAGCAGUGACGAGGAGGAGAGGAGUUCUCUGUUUGGGCAGACAGAAGUAGAUGGCACUGAAGUUGACGGUACUACCAAACCAGCUGAGUCACGCAUUCGAAACCUCUUUGGCUUCCUGACGCGGUCGGGCAGCGGCCGGAGCCCCACCCACAUCAGCAACUCCGCCUCCAGCUGGGAGAUCAUCGGAGACUCAGAGGCCGCUGAUGAGACGGGGCAGCGACCGUCCCCCUGAGCCUGGUACUGACCACAGAGUCCACACUGUGAGACACCCUUCUUCCCUCAGUCACAAGUUCUUCCUCAGCUUGUAACAGAAAAAGUGGUUUUGGCUCAGGAAAAAUAUUACGAGGACAUUUGAACGCAGCACUUCCAAAAUCACAAUGUAAGUGUGAGGAAAGAGAGCAUGUGAAAGUUUUUAAACAAACUUUUUUUUUUUUGCUUUAUUUCAAUCACAAAUACUUUCAUUUCCCUUUUUGUUAAUUUCUCCAUGGCCUAUGUCCCCUUAUUCUAGUAUAUACAGUAUAUAUGGUACAAUGUAUUGCAGUAUUAAGAGGGAUAGUUUCAACUCACCAAAAAAAAAAAGAUACUUCCUUUUGUAUGAUUUAAGUUUUAAUACAACAAUCAUGUUAUCCUUCAUUGUGAGGAAAGUGAAAAAACUGGGUUAUUACGCCUAGAUAUUUAUAUAGUACCUCAAACUUU